AUGGAGCCGGAGCCGGCCACCACUCCCGAGCGGCAGGAGCCCGACCCUGCCGAGGUGGAGAGGCAGCUCCGGGAGAAGGCCAUCCAAGAGUACCGCGGGAAGCUCCUGCGGCACAAGGAGCUCGAAUCAAAGGUCAAGAAGUUGAGGGAGCAGCUAGAGUCGCUGCACAAGGAGCACGACAAGACGGAGGACGACCUGCAGUCCCUUCAGAGCGUCGGCCAGAUCAUCGGAGAGGUCCUCAGGCAGCUCGACGAGGAGCGAUUCAUCGUCAAGGCGAGCAGCGGGCCGCGGUACGUGGUCGGGUGCCGCAACAAGGUCAACAAGGCGGGCCUCAAGCCCGGCACGCGCGUGUCGCUCGACACGGUCACGCUCACCAUCAUGCGCGCCCUCCCGCGCGAGGUCGACCCCGUCGUGUUCAACAUGCUGCAAGAGGACCCGGGGAAGGUGGACUACUCCUCCAUCGGGGGGCUGAGCGAGCAGAUCCGCGCCAUCCGCGAGGCCAUCGAGCUCCCGCUCAUGAACCCGGAGAUCUUCCUGCGCGUCGGCAUCCAGGCGCCCAAGGGGGUGCUGCUGUACGGGCCCCCGGGUACCGGAAAGACGCUGCUGGCGCGCGCGAUCGCGUACAACAUGGACGCGAACUUCCUGAAGGUGGUGGCGUCGGCGAUCGUGGACAAGUACAUCGGGGAGUCGGCGCGCAUCGUGCGCGAGAUGUUUGGCUACGCGCGGGAGCACCAGCCGUGCAUCAUCUUCAUGGACGAGAUCGACGCGAUCGGCGGGCGGCGGUUCUCCGAGGGAACGUCCGCGGACCGCGAGAUCCAGCGCACGCUCAUGGAGCUCCUCUCGCAGCUCGACGGGUUCGACCAGCUGGGCAAGGUCAAGAUGAUCAUGGCCACGAACCGGCCGGACGUGCUCGACCCCGCGCUGCUGCGCCCGGGGCGGCUGGACCGGAAGGUCGAGAUCCCGCUCCCGAACGAGCAGAGCCGGAUGGAGAUCGUGAAGAUCCACGCGGCGCCGCUGGCCAAGCACGGCGACAUCGACUACGAGGCGGUGGUGAAGCUGGCGGAGAACUUCAACGGCGCGGACCUGCGGAACAUCUGCACGGAGGCCGGGAUGCACGCCAUCCGCGACGAGCGGGACUACGUCAUCCAGGAGGACUUUAUGAAGGCAGUGCGGAAACUGCUCGACGCGAAGAAGCUCGAGACGCACCUGGCGUACGACUCGACCUUCGGGGACGGCGGGAAGAAGGAGUAG